AUGCUACGCGAUCUAUGUGUGGAGGACAUCGUUGUCGACGACGUACCCGCCAUCCGAGAGUGCUGCGCAGCGCGGCUGAUGCGCUACUUACUUCGCUCCUAUCCGCCCCUGACCGCAGUCGUGAUCGCGUUACAAUGGCGCGACAACGAGCGCGUUCUUCGGCCUGCCGACACACGCGUACUUCUUACGUUGAUUGAGCGCUGGGGUGCAAAGAAGGCGUGGAGAAUGGCGGUGUUGUCCGGCUUCUUCCUGCAUCGAGACCUGCCUGUGCUGCCUAUGAUGGCGUUCGACCUAAAUGCGAUGUCAGAUAACGAUUGCAGAAGCCGCUUUGGCUUUGAUCACGCUGGGAUCAAGAACCUGGUCGUUUUGUUACAGCUUCCAGCCGUACUCACCACGCCAGCUCCGCAUGGCGACAGAUUUUCUGCUGUAGAAGGAAUCUGCCUCCUCCUCGACCGUUUGAGCUACCCACGGUCCCUGCUUGAUUUGAGACAACGCUACGAUCGCUUUCCUUCUGCUCUGAGCAGAAUUACUACAUGCAUGGUUCAUCUGGUCCUCGGGGCAGCAAAAUCCCAGAUCCUGUUUUCCGAUACAUCGACGCCAACACGGAUGGAGCCGUACGUCCGGUUAAUUGUGCAUUGCUACAGGUGCGCAGACGGCCGUCGCGUGGACGGCUACAUCCUACGAGCUUCUAAUCUGCUAGCGUUCCUGAAUGGGAAUCGUGAUAUUGUGCAGAAUCGCAACGUUGUCUUCGGCGAUUCAGCUUAUCCCAACAACAACGUCAUGGUGACCAUGUUUAGAGGCCGGAAUUUACCAGCGUGGGCUUCGGCUUUCAACAAGCGCAUGGCUAAGGUGCGCGUCAACGUUGAGUGGGGAUAUGCUCAAGUCACGCAAAAUCUCGCGUUCGUUGACUGGGAUCGCCAGCUUCGCAUCGAGUCGAUGCCAGUUGAAGCAAUCUGGUUGCUUUCAGUGUUUUUUACGAAUUGCCUGACGUGCCACUGGGGUCGCAAUCAAAUAUCGGACUACUUCAACAGUUUCCCACCAACGAUGGAAGAGUAUUUAGAUGGAGUCCAUGUUAACGUUGAUUAA